CUGCCACCUGGCCCUCGUCCGAUACCAUUUUUGGGCAACAUGCUACAAUUGGACACUAAACGACCUUGGCUCACAUACACUGCGUGGGGAAAGACAUAUGGAAAAAUCAUUUACUGCUGCAUACUUGGGAUUGACUUGAUCAUCAUAAACUCCGAAACCAUCGCGAAAGAGUUGCUGGAAAAACGUUCUGCGAAUUACUGUGCUCGCCCCGUCAUUCGUACCAAUGAAUUAGCCGGACUGGCUUUCGCUACUCCAAUGCUUCUGUAUGGUGAGACUUUACGACAACAUUGCAAGAUCUUCCAUCAAGUCCUCAAGGCCGAACUCUCGGUGUCAUACCACAAGAUAUACUCUUGCCAUGCAAAUAGACUAGUCAUCAAUCUUUUAGGCGCCACUGAUGACCUACAGCACCGCACUGAAGCAUACGCUGGAACCGUAAUGGUAGCCGUGACAUACGGAGACCUUGAUCACAACUCAUAUCUUACCCGUGCGCAAGAACUCAUUGAUAUUACCAAACAGAUUGUUACUCCCGAGAAGGCUGCUAUGUUCACGGCCUUUCCUUUC